AUGAUGAGCGGGUUUGGCUCCCAGCCGCUGCAGAUGCAGCCCCAACCGCCGCCCAAGAGGCCCCACGGGCCCAGGCUCUACCAUAAGAAGAGUAAGACGGGGUGCUACCGGUGCAAGGGGAGGAGAGUCAAGUGUGACGAGAAGCGUCCCGUAUGCGGGGGCUGCAGCAGACACCUGGUCGAAUGUGUCUACCCGACGGCCACGGCCGCGCCAGGCGGCGACGGCGUCCGACACCGGCGGACAAGGGCCGCGUCCUCCCGCAGCAGCGGUGAGCCACAACGCCAGCCACAACGCCAGCCACAGCAACAGCAACAGCAGCAGCAAGCAGCGGCGCGGCCGUCUCUGGACACCGUCGCCCUGGAGCCCUCCCUGGGCUCGCCUACCGCGGGCGGCGGCGGGCAGCAGCACGGGCGAGGGCCGUCGCCCGAGGACGACGAGGACAUCGCCCCGCCCGAGUGCCGCGAGCGCCGCGUCACCGAGAUGCGGUUGCUGUACCACUACCUCAUGACCCAGGCCCGCACCUUCAGGCGGCCCUUCAACCUGGCCUCGCUGCCGGGCACCGGCGCCAGCCCGGCCGGCACGGCGGCCUCGUCGCCCGCCACGGCGGCGACGCCCACCACGGCCCACAGCAGCACGUGGACCGUGGCGUCGGCCGGCAGCGGUAGUGGCAGCGGCAGCGGCAGCAGCCACACCAACAACCCGUUCGGCAGCAGCAGUCCCUUUAGCCACCACCACCACCACCACCACCAACACCUGCAGCAGCCUGGGCCGCACCACCACCACCCCAUUGCCCACCCCCAUCCCCAGCCGCAGCCGCCGCCGGCGGGGUCCGAGACGUUUGUGUGGAGCGUCGAGACCAUCGAGAUGGCCUUUGAGAGCGACGCCAUCCUCUACAUCCUCCUGGCCCAGUCGGCCCUCUUGUCGUGGGCCGAGGCGGUCGCGGCCCUGCCGCCGGCCGAGGCCGAGCGCGGUGCCGGCCACGGCUACGAGAACGUGGCCGACCCGGACUGCCACCGCUGGCGCCACCUGCAGCGUCAGUACGCCGCCAUGGCCCUGCGCGAGCACCGCCGCGCCGUCGCCGGCCUGAGCGUCGAGGAGGUGACGUCGGCGCAAGACGGCCCCGGCCCGGCCGCAGUCGGCUUCUCCUCCCCCACGGCGACGCAGACGCCGCCCGGCCGCGCCGAUCACCACCACCACCACCAGCCGCCACCGCCGCCGCCAAGCCUGUCGUCCUCGCCGGCCGACUACGUCUGCAUGUCGAGCCUCAUGAUCCUCAGCCACGCCUUCGCGCUGGUGCAGACGGUACCGACGCGGCCGCGCUGGACGCCGCCGCUCGAGUGGCUGCAGAUGGGCCACGGCGCUGGCCAGGUGCUGGGCGUGGCCAAGGGCAUGCUGCGGCCCGGCCGCGACCGCAUGAUGCGCUUCUUGAGCGCCCAGCCGCGCUUCGACGGCGACGACAUCUUCACCGAGCCCAACCGCGCCCCGCUCAUGUGGCUGCUCGACCGCCCGCCGCCCCUGCGGCGCGGCGGGGGGGAGGGGGAGGAGGGGAGUGAUGGUGAUUAUGACGACGAUGACAACGUCGGGCCCCGCUCGCCGCCGCCCGACGAGGGAGCUGCUACCCUUGACCCCGACACGCCCGAACGGGUGGCGCCGCCGCCGCACAUGGACGAGGAGGUCGCCAUGGCCGACAGGGACGGCGGGCGGCACCAACACGGCGACACGGACGACGAUGCCAGCGCCGCCUCUGCACCCUCAAACCCGCACCCGUCCCACUCCCCCUCCCCGACCACUUCCCCCCACCCCUCCGACGCCCCCUCCCCUCCGACAGACACAGAACUCUCCGACCCAGACACCCGCGCCGUCUACGAGCGCGUCCUCUCCUAUAUCGGCUGGACCGAGCGCGCCGUGUGCCGGCACGUGGCGGACCCGACGACGACGGGCGAGGCGAACAACAACAACAACAACAACAACGCAGCAGUGGAGCCCCUCUUCGCCGUGUGCCGGCGCUUCGCCGCCUUCGCCGUGUGGACGCCCGAGGCCUUCCACGAGUUCCUGCGCGCGCGCCGCCCGCGCGCCCUCGUCGUGCUCGCCUACUUCUUCGCCCUCUGGAUCCCCUUCCGGGACGUCUGGAUGAUCGGCCCCGCGGGCCUGGACCAGGUUCGCGCCAUCCGCGGCGCCCUGCCGCCGCGCUGGCGGCCCAGGCUGGACCCGCUCGCGGCCAGGUACGGCAUCGCGUGGGGGGAGUGAAGGGGUGGACCUUUGAGGAGGAAUGAGGGUGGUAGUGGUAGUAGUGGUAGUAGUAGUAUUUGGGAGGAAAGGCGGUGCGGAUAGCUAGGGGGAGGACCGUGGUUGCAUGUAUUGGUAAAUGGAGAAGGGAGGUAGACAUGGAGCAAGGGGGCUCGUCCAGCGCUGGCGUAUUCGAGACCCGACGCCUUGUUACUAAACACCAUAUUGCCACGACUUGAAAUGUGCCUACCUAUUGUACAACAACCCGACCGAUCUGUGAGAUAGCAGCCGGGGAUGAAUAUUAGCAAUUCAAGACAUUAACAA